GUAACACACUGUAACAAACCCCUCUUCAUGUACUCUCCCUACUACUGGGGUGACACACUGUUACAACCCCCCUCUCAUGUAACUACCUUACUACUGGGGUGACACACUGUAACAAACCCCCUCCUCAUGUAAUUACCUUACUACUGAGGUGACACACUGUAACAAACCUCCUCCUCAUGUAAUCUCCUGAAAACUGGGGUAACACACUGUAACAAACCACCUUCUCAUGUAAUAUCCUCAAAACUGGGGUAACGCAAUGUAACAAACCCCUUCCUCAUGUAAUUACCUUACUACUGGGGUGACACUGAGGUUUCUUCACAACAACAGUGGCUGUGCAGGAAUCAUAUGACCUAUACUUCAGCUCAGCCCCGCCUCCUCCAUAGCAUCACCAAAGGUCCUUCAACCAUCUGUCCUAUCCUGCAAGGCUGAGCUUUGCCCCUACAUGUAACUGGUCACAUGAUGGUGACAUCAUGAAAAGUCCUUCACCUUUACCAUCUAGUCGGCCAGUUGAGGGACGAGGCGGAGGGAGGGUGAUGCAUCAGUGUGAAGAAAAGUUAUACAAUCAUCGACUGGAACAUUUUUAAUCAACAUUUGAAGUACAGAAUAUAUCCAGCAAACCAUAUCAGUUAGCUUGAUGCAAGACAUCAUUGAACAGAGAGUAGGUGCUCUCCCCUCCCAGAAGAAUCACAUAAGGAAAGGGAGUGGAUCCCCAGAAGAAAACAUAACUACAAGAAAAAUAAAGCUUCAGACGUCUUUCCCUCCGAUUCACCUCAGUCUCAUCUCCAACUCGAAACCGCUGGAUAGAAAACUCAAGGAUCAUGCAUCAAACUCAGAUCUUUCUAGAGAAAUGCGAGGGGAAAAAAUCAAUUUACCACAAGUGGAAAAAGCAUUAGAGAAAACCCCCAAGCCUGCUAAGACAUUCCUUGACAAGUCCAAAUAUUCCAAGGAUUUUGGAUGCACCACUAGUAAUCUGGUAAACGUGCCUACAUUUUGUUUCGAUGGACAAAAGGAAAGUAGACUGGAAAAGCAAAUGUGGCUGGAGAUACCAGUUCCAAAGACCACAGACCGCUUGUCUCCUGAGAUAGUCAAGCUUCCAGAAUGUCAGUCAUGCAAAAAUGAGAAGAAAAUAAGAAGUGAUUUUGACAAGGUCCUUGUACAGACAAAGAGGGAGAAAGAAGCCCUGCAGCUGAAAGUAAGUGAGUUAGAGGCUGAGCUGAGAAAACAAGAAGCCAAUAAGAAGUCCAAAGAAGAACAUGAACGUACAGCUGUCAGUUCUGAUGCAUUAUAUGAAGGAUUCCUUUUCAUGGAAAGUUGUGAAAAUAAUUUCAGGAAACAACUUGCAAGUUCUGAAGACUAUCUUAAGCUUGAGAAGAGUAACAGAGAGAAACAAGAAAAGAUUGGCUGUUUGCUGAGAGAAACUGAAGAACUAAAUACAAAGCUCAAUACAAUACAAAACACUGAAAAAGACCAGGAACAGUUGUUAAAAAGUGAGCAAAAGAAAUUCAUUUCUGAUAUAGAAGACUUGAAGUCGCAGCUUGAAAAGGCCAAGGAGCGUGAAAACCUGAAAGUGUUCAGUCUGGAGGGAGAGAAGGCUGAAAUCCUUAUGCAAUUGGAGACUACAAAGGCUGAUCUAGAAAGGCUGAAGAAAAGACGCUCACCAGUAAUAGCUGAAUUACUCAAGGAAAAAGACUGCUACUUAUUGGAGAUUGAGAAACUGAAAGCUUACUCCGAGAAGAUGAAGGAAGAAAACUUGUCUUUGUCAGACACAAUUAAAGCAUUACAGCAGGAACUGGAUAAGAGGUCCAUAUCUUCCUGUUUUAGUCCCCCAGUAUACACAGCUGGCGCCGAGGUUCUACUGAUCUCUCAUCGGAAUGCACCAGAAUAUACUCACACAGAAGCAACAGAUUACAAAUUCCAGGAGAUCGGCACAUGUGGAAGAGCACCACCUUCUUAUAAAAGUUCUUCUGCAGUGGAAGAAGAUAACACCAUGAAGGAAAUUUACAGGCAGAUGAAACGAGAAAGGAACCUGUUACUUGAUGUCAUGGUUAUCAUGUAUGAGAGAAGAUGGUUUGUUGAAGAAGCUGUGCCACAUGUCAGAAGAGCCCUAAGGAAAUGUGGAGCCCUAUCAUUUGGUGCAGAUUAGGCAAGGAAUGCCUGAAAUAUUCGUCAGCAUCAAAACCAGUGUAUUGUGACAGUAACAAAAUGGGGUUUCCGCUUCUAAAACCCAACACAUUUGGAACUUUGCUAUGUAUUUCAUUGUCAUAGAAUAAUUUUUUGCAGUGUAUAUGAAUGAGGUGAACGCUGACAUACAAAUAAAGUUGUCAUUGUCUCAGAGCAUUCCCAAUCUCCUGAAUGGCAAAUCUGCAUAAAUCCCGUUUUUACAUUACUGGACUUUCAGACUGGCUAGAUGGGUGAAAACCAUUCACUGAAAUGGUAAAUGUUUAACAAGAAAAACUGUGUGUGACAGCUGAAGUUAAUGACUUUUGAUUAACAAAAAAACGAAGUGAAUAUUUUGACAUAAACUCACCUGAUUUUUUGAGUUACAUGAGAAACAAUUAUUUAUACUCACUGAGAAGAU